AUGUCCGACUCUCUGGAACCACCGGCCAAGAGGGCGCGGUUGGAGGCGGACGCUCCCUUUUAUGGCACAUCUACAUCUGCAUCUGCGCUCGACGCGCCUGGCUCGCCUGUCGAUGACAUGGACGACGACUUUUACGACACUACGCCCGUCAAAGCCUCUGCGCUGCCUACUGCGGUGGACGGGACGACGUCGUUGUUUGCUACGGCGGCACCCGCGCCAGCCUUUCACCUUCCUGGACUCGGCUCUGUGAGCGAGACCCCGGUCGCGCAGUCGCAACCACCAAACGGCGCAGUCGUCCAAGACGAUGCUCCUGAAGACGGCGAGCUCUCAGAUGACGAGGCCUUUUACCAUGAUGCGAACCCGCAGGCCGGCAUCCCAGCCGCCCCGCCCGUAGCCAAUCAGGGUGAGGCGCAGGAUGAGGCUCCACAGCACUCUGAGCCGCAUCUCUCCUCUGUCCAAGGUGCUGUUGCUGCUGCCGAUACACCAGCCGCUGACACCGACGGUGAGCUUGACGCGGCCCUCACAGCAGCCAUAGAUCUCCAGAACGAGAUCGAAGACACCACCAAAGAUGCUCCUGCACCCGAUGGCGUAGCUUUUGAUAGCAAGGCCGAGUUCCUGCGCGCGGCCGAAGCCAACAGGGCUGACCAGAACGCCGAAUGGCAGCUAGAUUCAGAUGCAUCUGAUUCAGACUCAUCAUCCGACUCUAGCUCUGACUCCAGCUCGGAUGAGGGAUCAGACGAGGGCGAGCUUCUGGACCCUGAAGAGCAGGUCCGCCUCCUGAUGGCUGAAGCUGCCGACGAGCCAGGCGCUUCAGGUCCAGUCAAAGUCAAGACGCUCAACGAGCAGGACGAGAAAUACGAGAUGCCCGACAUCACCGUCACCGAAAACACCAAGAUCACAGAACUAGGCAAGGUGGAGUCCAUCGUCGGAAACCUUGUUGUUAUCAAAGCCAACAUGUCUGGCGACGAGCAAGUGCUCGAAUCUGGCUCUGCGCUAUGUCUAGGAAAUCGUACUGUUGUCGGCAAGGUCUCCGAGCAGAUUGGUCGCGUGGAAGAGCCUCGCUACUCUUUUGGCUUUAACGACGCUGCUGAACUUGAGACUCUAGGUAUUCAGAAAGAUACACCCAUCUACUAUGUGGACGAGCACUCGACCUUUACCGAAACAGAACCUAUUCGUCGACAGAAGCAUACCGAUGCAUCGAACCUCCACGACGAAGAGACAAACGAUGUUGAAUUCUCAGAUGACGAGAAGGAGGCUGAAUACAAGCGCGAACAGAAGGCUAAGAAGCGCGCUAGGGCGGAUGGCAACGACGAACAGGUGGCUGUCAACAUCCCUACCGGGCCUAGACUACACGUAGACGCACCCGCACCUCCCAUCUACCGGCCUAUGGAAUACCAGGGCGGCGGCCUGAAAUACAGCGAUGAUGAAGACGAAGACCUGGGCAUGUACAAGCCGCUUGCCAGACCGGACCACUUCGAGCAAAUCGUUGGUCAAGGUGCGCCACUAGAAGACCGUAGCCACGUUCGAAGAGGCAUGGGGCGCGGCAGAGGUCCCUGGGGUGAUCGAGGUCGCGGCUUCCGUGGACGAGGAGGAGGUGGCGGUCGCGGCGACUUGGGUGGUGGUCGCGGCGACAGAGGAGGCUACGGCGGCGGACGAGGUGAAUUCGGAGGAGGUCGUGGUGGCGGAGGACAACGAGGCGACCGAGGAGGCGGCAAUAGCAACAACAACAGAAACGACAGAGGCGGUGGUGACAAGAGCGGACGUGGCGGCAAGAACCAAUCUGACCGUGGCAGGCAACAGGACCAGUUCAACGAUCGCCAACAGAACAACCAGCAGAGGAACCAAUACUCUGCAUCACCUGUCCGCCAGCAGCAAGACCGCAGCCAGUCUUACUCUCAGCAGGACCGCAGUCAGUCUCAGCAAGCACAAUCCCAGCAGUCCCCAUCAGGUGGCGGCGGUGGCAAGAACAAGAACCGCAAACAGCGCCAACGUGAAAAGAGAGAACGGGAACGUCAACAACAACAACAGCAGCAGCAGCAGCAGUCGCAACAGUCUCAACAGCCUCAGAAACAGCAACAGCAACAUGCCUCUCCGACACCUUCUGGACCGUCAAACGCUAACGCUUAUGCAAACAACAGUAAUGCAGGUUGGCCAGUACCCUUCUCAGGGCCAUCACAGCCAGCAGUCCCGUAUGCUGCCGCUCCCGCACCUCAGCCACCAGCGGCGUACAACUAUCAGCCGUCGUACACUCCUCAACCACAGGCACCGGCUCCAGCCCAGCCACCUCAACAGCAGAAUCAGGCGGCCAACUUGGCAGCGUGGGCACAGUGGUUCCAAGUCGUAGGAGCCAUGAGUGGACAGCAGCAAGCACAACAACCGCAGAUGGCAGCGCAGGCUCCUGCACCGCCUCCACCACAACCGCAGGCGCAGUAUUCUUACCCUUACCAGCAAUAUGCGCAACCGGCAGCUCCUGCGAACCCUCCGCAACAGGGCAAUGCUCAAGGUGGAGCACAAUCUCUUCAAGAUAUACUGCGAGCUCUCCAGGGCGGAGGAGCACCUCAGUAG